AUGGGACUCCCCUGGCGCCCCAUCUCCUGGGCUUCGCUCGUCAUCGCCGUCUCUGUCUCUUACCAGCAGCCCGGUUUCUCACGCCAGUUGUUCCUAGGGGCCUUUGCCAGCUCAUGGCUGCUGUCGUUUCUAGGGUGGGUCGUCUGGGCCAUCUUCCUCUGGCCCAAACUGUUCUCUUCACUGCGAAGCCUGCCUGGGCCCAAUGAUGACCACUGGCUCAUGGGCCAAUUCCCAAAGAUUGGCGCCGAGGCCACAGGCUUACCCAUGAUGGAGUGGGUGAACACCAUCCCCCAUGACGGUAUCAUUCGGUAUCUUGGCUUCCUCAAUCAGGAGCGUCUCCUCAUUUCCUCACCCAAAGCGCUUUCUGAGGUUCUCGUCACACGCAACUACGACUUUGAGAAGCCGAGUUCCAUCCGUUGGUCUCUUGGUCGUAUCCUCGGUGUCGGCGUCCUCCUGGCCGAGGGCGAUGAGCAUCGCUUCCAGCGCAAGAAUCUCAUGCCCGCCUUCGCCUUCCGCCACGUCAAGGACCUCUACCCGGUCUUCUGGAACAAGGCCCGCGAGGGAGUGGCCGCCCUCUCCGAGCACGUCUCCAAGGCUGCCGCCGCUCCGGAUUCUACGGGUUCCACUGUCGUCGAGAUCAGCGGCUGGGCCUCUCGCGUCACACUCGACAUCAUUGGCAUCGCCGGCCUGGGUCGCGACUUUGGUGCCGUGCGGGACCCCAACAAUCCUCUCACCAAGACGUAUGAGUCCGUGUUCAAACCCAACAAGCAGGCCCAAAUCCUCGCCAUCCUGGGCCUCCUCCUACCGGGACCAAUCGUCAGCGCUCUGCCUCUCAAACGCAACGGCGAUAUUGCUGAGGCCUCGGCCGUCAUUCGCGCCACCUGCCGCGAGCUCAUCCAAGAAAAGAAGGCCAACAAGACUCGCAGCACCGACAUACUGUCCGUGGCCCUCGAGAGCGGCGCCUUCACCGAUGACAACCUUGUCGACCAGAUGAUGACCUUCCUCGCCGCCGGCCACGAGACGACCGCGUCGGCCAUGACCUGGGCCAUCUACCUGCUGUGCCUGCACCCUGACGUCCAGUCUCGCCUCCGCGACGAGGUCCGCCGCAAUCUCCCCUCCCCCAACGACGCUGGAACUUCCGUCUCGGCCCCCGACAUUGACCGCCUCCCCUACCUGUCCGCCGUCUGUGCCGAGGUCCUGCGCUACUACGCCCCCGUCCCCAUGACCCUGCGCGAGGCCGUCCGCGAUACUACUGUCGACGGCGUCCACGUCCCGCGGGGCACACGCAUCAUGCUCUGCCCGUGGUCCGUCAACAAGGACGUUUCACUCUGGGGCCCCGACGCUUCCUCUUUCCGACCCGAGAGGUGGCUGGGCGCCGGCUCCGGUAGCGGUGGCGCCAGCAGUAACUUUGCUUACAUGACGUUCCUGCACGGGCCGCGGAGUUGCAUCGGGCAGGGCUUUGCUAAGGCCGAGUUCGCCUGCAUACUAGCUGGCUGGAUCGGGCGGUUUGAGUUUGGGCUCGCGAACCGGGAUGAGUAUGACGAGAAGAAAUUGGAGAUCAAGGGUGGUGUCACGGCGCGGCCGGCGAAAGGUUUGCGGGUGCACACGCGUGUCGUCCCGGGAUGGUGA